AUGGCAGGACAGCCCACAAUAAGCCGGUUUUUCAAGAAAGUAAGCCCAGCAGAGCCGUUACGGAACCUGGGGCAAGAAAUAACGACUGAAAAUGAUGCUGGCAGUGAAUCCAUCUGUCUCGACAGUGAUGAAGAGAAUAUUCCUGAGGAUAAGUCUUCUGCUGUAAGCACAGUGGUUGAUGGUGGCUUAUCCUUCAAAAAAUGGCAAAAUAACAAGGAGACAAAUGGCACUCUGGCGUCAUUUGAAUCUAAGGAAUUUACCGGUAAACUGAACAAAAUUAUGAAAAGACGAGCAGAUGAUGAUGCUCUAUCCGAGGAAAACUACGAUAAUGAUGUAGAGAUUCCUGUGAAGAAAAGAACAAAAACGAAAGGCACACUAAAGCUCACACCCUUGGAUGCACAGGUGAAGGAAUUAAAAGUGCAUCAUAUGGACAAAGUACUUGUCAUUAGAGUUGGCUAUAAGUAUAAAUGUUUUGCGGAGGAUGCAGUGGCCGUUAGCAGGAUAUUACAUAUCAAGUUAGUACCCGGUAAAUUGUCUAUCGAUGAGUCGAACCCUCAGGAUUCUAGCCAUAGGCAGUUUGCAUAUUGCUCUUUCCCAGAUGUUAGAUUAAAUGUUCACUUGGAGAGGCUUGUACAUCAUAACCUAAAAGUGGCCGUGGUGGAACAAUCUGAAACAAGUGCCAUCAAGAAGCACGAUCCGGGUGCUAACAAGUCUAGUGUUUUUGAGAGAAAAAUUUCUAACGUUUUUACCAAGGCUACAUUUGGUGUUAAUUCCAAUUUUGUUCUUAGAGGUAAGCGUAUUCUAGGUGAUACUAACAGUAUAUGGGCUCUAUCCCGUGAAAUAUAUCAAGAAAAGACGGCCAAAUAUUCUUUGGUUUCUGUUAAUUUGAAUAACGGAGAAGUUGUAUACGAUGAAUUCGAAGAACCUAAUCAUGCAGAUGAAAAACUACAAGGACGAAUUAAGUAUUUACAGCCCGUAGAAGUAUUAGUAAAUAGAGAUGAUCUGCCACCUCACGUAUCGAAGCUAUUUAGGGACAUCUCAUGCACUUUAAUCGGCAAGGAUACACCAGAUUUGGAAGAGAAUGUGGUACACUCAAUAAAGGUCAUGAACGAAGAAGUAAAACUCUCUCCAUCCCUCAUACUUCUUGUUUCCAAACUGUAUUCGCAUAUGGUUGAAUAUAACAAUGAACAGGUGAUGUUGAUUCCUUCCAUUUAUUCAGCUUUUGCAUCAAAGAUUCAUAUGUUAUUAGGUCCAAAUACUUUGCAGAGCCUGGAUAUUUUUACUCAUGAUGGUGGCAAAGGUUCCUUGUUUUGGUUAAUGGAUCAUACAAGGACGUCAUUCGGGUUCAGGUUGUUGAGACAAUGGGUUCUAAAACCUUUGAUUGAUAUAGGUCAAAUUGAAGAACGACUUGAUGCCAUUGAAUGUAUCACAUCCGAAAUCAAUAAUAACAUUUUUUUUGAAUCACUGAAUCAAAUGUUAAAUCAUACACCUGAUUUAUUAAGGACUUUAAACCGUAUAAUGUACGGUACCACUUCCAGAAAAGAGGUUUAUUUUUAUCUAAAGCAAAUAACUUCAUUCGUCGAUCACUUUAAGGUACAUCAAUCGUAUUUGUUAGCACAAGUCAAAUCAUCCGAUGGAAGAAUAUUCAAAAAGUCAUCUUUACUCUUCAGGUUGUUUAGUGGAUUGGAUGAACUACUUUCUACUACUCAAUUGCCCCGUUUCCUAACAAUGAUCAAUGCUUCUGCAGUAAUGGAAAAAAAUCCGGAGAAGCAGAUUAUGGACUUCUUCAAUUUAAACAACUAUGAUCACUCAGAAGGUAUCAUACAAAUUCAAAGGGAUACUGAAUCUGUACGAUCGCAAUUGAAGGAUGAACUAGUAGAAAUAAGAAAAUAUCUCAAACGUCCUUAUUUGAACUUCAGGGAUGAAGUGGACUACUUAAUCGAAGUGAAAAAUUCCCAAAUUAAAAAUCUGCCUGAUGAUUGGAUAAAGGUCAAUAACACUAAGAUGGUUAGUAGAUUUUCUACUCCAAGAACACAAAAAUUAACUCAACAGCUGCAGUACUAUAAGGACUUGUUGAUGCGUGAAUCUGAGGUGCAAUAUAAAGAAUUCCUGAACAAAAUCACCUCAGAGUAUGCAGAGCUUCGUAGGAUUAUACUAAGCUUGGGACAAUAUGAUUGUAUUUUGUCAUUAGCAGCCACAUCGUGUAACGUAAAUUACGUCAGACCAACUUUUGUGGAGGAUCAACAAGCUAUUUUUGCGAAAAAUGCAAGGAAUCCAAUUAUCGAGUCAUUAGAUGUUAAUUAUGUGGCAAAUGAUGUCAUGAUGUCCCAAGAGGACGGUAAAAUUAAUAUCAUAACGGGGCCAAAUAUGGGUGGUAAAUCAUCCUAUAUUAGACAGGUGGCCUUGCUAAUUAUAAUGGCACAAGUCGGUUCAUUUGUUCCUGCGGAAGAAGUAAGACUAAGCAUAUUUGAUAACGUGUUAACCAGAAUUGGUGCACAUGAUGAUAUUUUGAAUGGUGAUUCUACAUUCAAGGUUGAAAUGUUAGACAUUUUGCACGUUAUAAAAAACUGCAAUAGACGAUCUCUACUGUUAUUAGAUGAAGUUGGAAGAGGUACCGGAACACAUGAUGGUAUAGCAAUAUCCUAUGCGUUAAUAAAAUAUUUUGCUGAACUGAAUCAUUGCCCUUUGAUAUUAUUCACCACUCAUUUUCCCAUGUUAGGAGAAAUCAAGUCUUCGUUGAUAAGGAACUAUCAUAUGGAUUAUGUGGAAGAACAAAAGCCUGGUGAAAAUUGGAUGAGCGUGAUUUUUUUAUAUAAAUUGAAGAAGGGAUUAACUUAUAAUAGUUAUGGGAUGAAUGUAGCCAAAUUGGCGCGCCUGGAUAAAGAUAUCAUAAAUCGGGCAUUCGACGUCUCUAAAGAAUUGCAAAAAGAAGCUGUCAAUGGAGAAGAGCUUAAAUUAUUCAGUCGUUUAAAGAAUAUUUUGGGGAACGAUGGCAUGACUGCUACAGAAAAACUUUCUAGCUUGCUAUCGCUGAAUAUUCACUGA